AUGUCGCUCUUCGGCAGCAACACCCUGGGUGGUCUGGGAACCUCGACCAGCGGAACCCAGCAACAGAGCAGCACAGCAGGGGGUCUGUUUGGACAGCAGAACACGACCACCAACCAACAGACAAGCUCUACGCCUGCCUCGGGCGGCCUCUUUGGAAACCUGAAUCAGAAUAAGCCUGCGACGACUGGCGGUCUAUUUGGCGGCGGCGCAUCAACGACGACACAACCGGCACAAGGAUCCUCGCUCUUUGGAGCGCCUCAGCAGCAGCCACAGCAACAAUCAGGCGGACUCAGCUUGGGAGGUUUGGGCGGACUGGGAGCAUCUACGGCACAAAAGCCAUCUCUCUUCGGCGCAAUUGGCGGCGCCCAACAAAACCAAAACCAGACGCAAACGACGGGCUCGACCUUCGGCCAGGGUACUACAAACAACACUCUCGGCGGCUCCCUCUUCCCUUCAUCGCAGCAACCGCAACAGAACACGAACAACCAGUCCCAAAUUCAGCAGGGCCAGCCUUCAGGGGCAUACUUUGAUAGCCUCUUCGCCAAAAGCAAGAAGCAGGGAGACGGUGAAAAUGGCAUGGAGGACCUCCCUAGUCUGCAAUUGGGCCUGGGCGACCUUCGCCAGCGCCUGAAGAAGCUGGGAACAAAGGCGCAGGACCGUCCAUCCGAUGGCAGGGCGCACUACCUUCUCGCUGCGUCCGGCGUCGACCCUUCAACCGCCGCGAAAGACCUCGGAUCCCUCGACUUGCAGACUGGCCGUGUCGAGAGACCCUCCGGCUACUCUCCCGCCGAGAUUGACGUCGAGACGUACCUCGCGAACCUCCAGACCAAGACGACAAUGAGCAUGAUUGCAGACGGCUUGGAGAGAUCGGUCCGCGACUUUGACAACUUCUUGGAGGAUAACGUGACGAUGGAGUGGGAGGCUCAGCGCAAGCGCAUUUACGAGCACUUCGGUAUCAAGGCUCGUGAAGAGUCUUCUUUCGGACCCGCCGCGUCGACAAGAGAAGUCUCCGGUGGCUUUGGCCGUUCCCGCCGAAGCAAGAGCCAGGCGACUGGAGCUCGCUCUGGCAGAGCAAGCGUUUUGGGCAAGUCAAGCAUGCAUCGCUCUGUCAUCGGCAACGCAAGCAAAAUAGGCUCUCACCAACCAGAGUUCUCAGACAUUGACCGGUCCACGGACAAUGGCGGUUCAUUGACUGGCCACAUCAAUUCUGAUGAUAGAUCUCUGCGCGAGAAGCAGAGCAAGCUUUCCGAGAAGGUCCGCAACCUCAACCAGGCCCGUCUCAUCGCCCACCCCUACCCCAUUCUUUCAGAGCUCGCAGAUGUUGAGCAUAGAUCUCUGGACCCAUAUGCACCUCAUAUUGUCGAGGCGUACCAUGCUGUUCGCGAGAUCGUUGGAGAAGACCCCGAAGCAGAGACUACCAUCAAUGGUGCCACUGCAAAGGAACGGCAGUUUGCCAAGAUGUAUCUGGACGAAGCCCCCAACUCUUCCAACUCGAUAUCGAUGCGGAAGAGGCUGCUAGAUGGUGCCAAUAGAUACCUCGAGGGGCAAUUCCUUCAAGAGGUUGAGGGGCUCAUCGCAAAACACCCCCACGAAGCUAAUCUAGGUGGCCGUCCCGAUAUUGUCAGCAAGAUCAGAGCUUAUAUCCGAUUACGUUCUGCACGAAAAGAUCUGGUGCCUGACAACACGGAGCUUCAGCAAACUGGUGGUGAAUAUGUCUGGGCAAUUGUCUUCUACCUGCUCCGCUCUGGUCACGUCAGCGAGGCAGCGAAGUAUGUGAAUGAUAACAGCAAUCAAUUCCGCAGCAUCGACCGCACGUUCCAGAGCUACCUCAACGGCUACGCCUCUAAUGAAGACCGCCGCUUGAAGCGGACGUUGCAGGACAGAUGCAACGCGGAGUAUACCCAACGUGUGCGCAAUGCCCCUGACAACUCAAUCGACCCCUUCCGGAUGGCGUGUUACAAGAUUAUUGGCCGCUGUGACCUGAACAACCGGAGUCUGGACGGCCUCAACACGGACAUCAAUGACUGGAUAUGGCUUCAAUUCAACCUUGCCAGAGAAGGCGACCGUUCUGUUGAGGUGGCUACCGAGGCCUAUGGUCUUUCUGAACUCCAGUCAAGUAUCAAGGAAAUCGGAGCCAAGCACUUCCCCAAGAACUCUGCGGAAGACAACAGCGGCAGUUUUGGCAUGUUCUUCUACCUCCAGGUGCUGUCAGGCAUGUUCGAAGAGGCUAUUGCGUAUCUUUACCCCUUUUCCUACGUCGACGCAGUCCACUUCGCCAUUGCUCUCGAGUACUACGGCCUUCUCCGACCUUCCGACCCCUUCAGCGCCUCCAACGAUCUGCGUAGCUUGAACGUCAAGGAUUCGGUUCAGAUCAACUUUGGCAGGAUGAUUGGCUAUUACACCAGGGAUUUCAGAGCAGCCGACGUUGUGUCGGCUGUUGACUAUCUCACCCUCAUUUGCCUCAAUAUGGACUUGUCUGGCGAGGCCGGCCGUCGUCAUGCUAACCUCUGCUGGGAGGCUCUGCGCGAGCUCGUGCUCGAGACGCGUGAGUUCAGCAAGCUCAUCGGUGACAUCCGCCCCGAUGGUCAGCGGAUACGCGGCAUCAUCGAGGAGCGCGGCUCCUUGAUUGGUCUGACGGAGGAGAAUGAUUUCAUCAAUACCGUCACGGUCCAGGCCGCCAGCUUCGCCGACGAGAACGGCCGCACAACCGAUUCGGUCCUCCUGUACCACCUGGCUGGCGAGUACGAUACCGUUGUCUCCAUUGUCAGUCGUGCACUCAGCGAGGCCAUCUCUCUCGAGAUCGGCGAGGACCCCAUGCGUCUCAUGCCCGUCAAGCCUCGCGCCGCCGGCCAAGAGGCCGAGACGGGCAGCAGCCUGAGUCUGGCAUCCAUCGACGACCCCGUGGAGCUCGCCCGUACGAUGAUGUCCAUGUAUGAGCGCGAUGCCAUGUUUCACCGCAAGAUCCAGGAGCAGAACAGGGUCGCCUGCCGUGUCCUGCUUGAGAUGAGCACCAUCAAGUCCUUUGUCGAGGCCGGCCAGUGGGCUCAGUGUCUGGACAAAAUUCGUGGCCUCGAGAUUCUCCCACUCGAUGCCAGCGGUGACCCGAGCAUCAUCCGCGCCUACGCCGCAAAGUUCUCCGGCCUCUCCCAGCCCGUUUCCAUCAACGUGCCGAAUCUGCUCAUGUGGACCAUCAUCUGCUGCACGCGCCAGCGCGACCAGCUCACCGGUGGCCAGUUCAGCGGCAACGAGGGCACUCGCCGCAUGAUGGUCGAGCAGAUGAAGCAGAUGACGCUCGACCUCACCACUUACACCUCGCAGCUGCGUUACCGCUUCCCGCCGCACUUGCACGAGGCACUGGCCAGAGCGUCUGCCGAGUAA